CGCUCCCUCCCACCUGCAAUCAUGUCGCCCGCAGAGCACAGCAACGGGUACCCCGUUGAGCCGCCAACUAUGCCGCUGGCCAUCGUUGGCAUGGCAUGUCGCUUCUCCGGCGGCGUCAACAGUCCCGAGAAGCUCUGGGACUAUGUCUCGCAGGGGCGCAGUUCCUGGUCUACCAUCCCGGAAUCGAGGUUCAACCUUGACGCCUUCAACCAUACCACUUCGUCCGUCAAGGGAGGCCACUUCCUGGAAGAGGAUGUCGGACUGUUUGACACGUCCUUCUUCAACUUCACCGCCGAGGCGGCAGCCGCUAUGGACCCCCAGAUCAGGCAGCAGCUAGAGUUAGCCUUUGAGGCAAUAGAGAGCGCGGGAAUCCCCGUCCAGAAGCUCGCCGGUUCCAACACGGCCGUGUUUGCCGGCACCUUCACCAAAGACUACCAUGACCACCUGUUGGCCGACCACCUCCGGCGCCCUCGCAGCUUGAUCACGGGCAACUACGACGCCAUGGCGGCAAAUCGCAUCUCGCAUUUCUUCGAUCUGAAGGGCCCCAGCACCGCCAUCGACACUGGCUGUUCCACCUCCCUUGUUGGGUUGCAUCUUGCCGCGCAGAGUCUCCGGUCCGGGGAGACAGACCUCGCCAUCGUCGGGGCCGCCUGCGUACAUCUCAACCCGGAGGUCUUCUUCAGCUUGUCAAAUAUGGGGACCUGUGGCCCUGACGGUAUCUGCUAUGCCUUCGAUCACCGCGUCCAGGGGUAUGGGCGCGGUGAAGGCGUGGCCACCAUCAUCGUCAAGCGCCUGUCCGAUGCCCUGGCACAGGGGGAUCCCAUCCGUGCCGUGGUUCGCGAGACGGGCGUGAACCAGGACGGCAAGACGGCCACCAUCACCUCGCCGGACGAGGGUGCCCAGGUCACGCUGAUAAAGACGUGCUAUGAGCGAGCCGGACUCGAUCCAGCCGACACAGCUGUUGUGGAGGCACACGGCACGGGCACCAAGACGGGCGAUCCCAUCGAGGCGCGAGCCAUUGGCAAGGCCCUGAGUGAGCAGCGGCCGGCGGACAGGCCGUUGUAUCUGGCGUCGGUGAAGACGAAUCUUGGCCACACCGAGGCCGCUUCGGGACUGGCCGCCAUCAUCAAAAUGGCGAAGUCCCUGGAGAAGGGCAAGGUUGCGCCGAGCAUCAAUUUCGAGCAGCCCAAUCCCCAGAUUGACCUGCACGCUCUGAGGCUGAAGGUGCCAACAGCACUCGAAGACUGGCCAUCCUCUCGAGGUAUCCGCCGCGCCUCAAUCAACAAUUUCGGCUACGGCGGCACAAACGCCCAUGUCAUUCUAGAACAGGCCCCGCCCCCGCCCCAGGCUAACAAGUUUGAUCUCAUGAAUGGGGCUGUCACGCACACGGAAAAGAGCAGCAGGCUGUUUGUCCUUAGUGGCAAGGACGAGGCGGCCACGAGGAAGAUGGCGGCGAAUCUCUGCGACUAUCUCAAGUCGACCGAGGUCUCAUUCCAUGACCUGGCAUAUACCCUUGGUCAGCGACGCUCGAGGUUCCCCUGGACGUUGACGGCCUCGGCCUGUUCGGCAACGGAGCUGGUGGACGCCUUGUCCGACCCAGCGGCGAAGCCCCUCCAGGCGCCUGCCACACCCGUCCGCAUCGGAUUCGCCUUCAACGGUCAAGGUGCGCAGUGGUUUGGCAUGGGAAGGGAACUCAUCGCCUCUUAUCCCACCUUCGCGAAGAUACUCCAAGAGUGUGAUGCCAUCAUCAAGGAGUUCGGAGCGGAUUGGUCAAUACUCGAGGAACUGCAACAGAAUGACCAGACCUCGCGCGUCAACGAAGUGCAAUUCAGCAUGCCGCUGUCGUGCGCCAUCCAACUUGCACUCGUCUGCCUCCUGGCCGAAUGGGGUAUCAAGCCGUCAGCCGUCUGUGGCCACUCGUCCGGCGAAGUUGCGGCAGCCUUCGCAGCCGGCGCACUCGACUUGCGGGAAGCCAUGGCCUGCACCUACUUCCGUGGUCUGAUCAACAUGCAGCACGUCAAGGCGACGAACGACACCACCCCAGGUGCCAUGAUAGCCGUAGGCUUAGGCCCAGAGGACGUGGCGUCGUACAUUGAUGCUGUCCAGUCAGGCAGGGUCGUUGUUGCGUGUGUCAACAGCCCGUCCAGCGUCACCCUGUCAGGCGACCUCGCCGGGAUUGACGAGCUGGAGAAGAAGUUCGCCGAGCAAUCCAUCUUUGCGCGGAAGCUCAAAGUCCAGGCGGCCUUCCACUCGCAUCACAUGCAUCCCCUCCAGGACGAAUACCGCGCCGCUCUGCACACGCACAUGCGCGGCAACAACAGGUUCUUCCACCCCGACGUCCAGUUCUUCUCGCCCGUGCAAGGGAGCAAGGUCGAGGACGCGAACGAGCUGGGGCCCGAGCAUUGGAUUGAGAACAUGGUGCAGCCCGUACUCUUCGCCCAGUGCUUCUCGGAUAUGGUGCUCACGAAGCAGGAGGGCGGAUCCUCCACCGCCCCGAUCGUCGACAUGGUUGUUGAGAUUGGGCCCCACGGCGCCCUCGCUGGGCCCAUUCGGCAGUGCUUGAGCGAGCCGGCAAUGAGGAAGCUCGGCAUCACGUACGGCUCCUCCCUCACGAGAGGCCAGGAUGCCGUAUUGACCGCUCAAGCCCUGGCUGGCUUGGUCCUCGCGAAGGGUGGAUCGGUGGACAUGGGGAAGGUCAAUUUUCCCCGGGGCGAGGCCGGCCUAGACCUGAGAGCCAUCCCAGACCUCCCGUCCUACCCCUGGAACCAUGCGACCCGCUUCUGGAACGAGCCCCGCAUCAGCCGCGAGCACCGCUUCCGGGAGCAUCCUGCGCACGACCUGCUUGGGGUCCGCAUGCCGGGCACAAGCGACUUGUCUCCGGUCUGGCGGCACAUCCUCCGUGCCAGCGACGUGCCAUGGGUCAACGACCACGUCGUGCACUCCAGCGUCAUCUACCCCGGGUCGGGCUAUAUCGUAAUGGCCAUCGAGGCCAUGCGGCAGCUUCACUGUGGAAAAAAGGAUGAAGCGAGGGAGAUUUCCGGGUAUCUGCUCCAGGAUGUCGAGAUCAUCAAGGCGCUGAUUAUCCCCGAGAACACGGACGGAGUCGAGGUGCAGCUCUUCCUCGAACCGCCCAACGAGAAGUCUCUGGUGCAGGAUUGGCGCCAGUUCCACAUCUAUUCGGCUCCGACGCAGGAUGAUGAUUGGGUCGAGAUCGCCAAAGGCCGCAUCGCUCUCGAAUUCGCACGGGGAGCACCAAGUGCAAGUGAGCAGCAGCAAUAUCUACUCCAGUCCACGGCGGCGCUCGGCGUCGGAGCACCCCUCAGCUCGUAUCCCAAGAAGAUGAACCCCAAGGAUCUCUUCAAGUCCCUCCAUGCGGUUGGGGUCACCCAUGGACCCUCCUUCCAGAACCUGACGAGGAUCCGCAUGGCGGACGGCAAAUCCCUGGUGACUUUUGACGUCGCAGACUCGGCAGCCACCAUGCCUGGGCGCAACCAGCAACCACAUGUUAUUCAUCCCAUCACGCUCGACGCUGUGUUUCAGGCCGCCUACUCAACCUUGUCCGCCGACGGCCGGAAGCUUGUGGGUGCAUCGGUUCCGCGGUCCAUCAAGCGGCUCUACAUCUCGUCACAGAUCGGCAGCGAGACGGGCCACCACCUGAAGGAGUACUCGCGUCUACUGCGGCACAGUCGCCAGGGGUUUGAUGUUUCUGCUGCCGUGCUCCCGGACGAUGAGGGAUAUGCCAAUACCAACACAACACCUGUCAUUGAGAUGGACACGAUGCACUUUCAGAGCCUUGGCCGAUCGGCCGACGAGCACGAAAGCGCACCAGAAAGGCUUUGCCUCAUUACCGACUGGAAGGAGAGCUUCGCCCUGAACGACAAGGAACCCCUUCGAGAGUCGUUGAAGUAUGACACGCCCGAGGAUGAAAAGAUCAUCGCCCAGGACCUCAUCCGCGCGACGUACCACUUCGUCCACGACCUCCUCCAGGAGCUCACCGACGAGGAUAUCGCAGGCCUGGAAUGGCACCACAAAGUGUUUCAUACUUGGAUGCUCGCCCUGGAGCAGAAGGCGGCCGCCAACCAGCUUGCGCCCAAGAGCGCCCGUUGGGCCACGACGUCGGAGGGCGUGAAGCAGAUGCUCUACGACCGCGUGGAGAAGGCCAGCGUCAACGGCGAACUCGCUGUCCGCCUGGGCAAGAACAUGCUGGCCAUCAUGCGCAGGGAGAUCGCGCCGCUGGAGCUCAUGCUCCGCGACCAGCUGCUGUACAAGUUCUACAAGAACAUCCUCCACUUCCCCCGCUCCACCGCCCAGGCCGGCAAGGUGGUCCAGGCGAUGGCCGCCGAGAACCCGCGCAUGCGGAUUCUUGAGAUCGGUGCCGGCACAGGAGGAUGCACCCUGCCCGUACUGCAGGCGCUCGGCGGUGGCAACACGGGCCUGCCGGUGCAGUUUGAGCACUACGACUUCACCGACAUCAGCAUGGGUUUCUUCCAGGCAGCUCGCGAGCAGUUUGGCGCUUGGGGCGAGAUGAUCAGCUACCAGACGCUGAACAUCGAGGAGGACCCUGAGGGCCAGAACUUCCAGACCGGCUCCUAUGACGUGAUCAUCGCCGCGCAGGUGUUGCACGCCACCAAGAGCCUGGCCUACACGAUGACAAAUGUGCGAAGGCUGCUGAAGGACGGCGGGAAGCUGGUACUCGUCGAGACGACACAGGAUACUCCCGACAUGACGCUCAUCUUCGGGACGGUGCCCGGUUGGUGGCUAAGUGAGGAGCCCGAGCGGAAGCAGAACCCCAACCUGCCGCUUAGGAGCUGGGACAGAGUCCUGCGAGAAACUGGAUUCAGCGGUCUGGACCUGAACGUCUGGGACUGCGAAGAUCCGGUCCAUCAAUGCAUGAGCUGCAUCGUGUCCACGGCAGCCCCCUCGCAGCGGCCCGCCUUGGAGGAGGAGGUGACGCUGGUGUACGACGAAGCGGAAAGCCCUCCGCCACAGGCGUGGUGCGCCGAGCUCGUUGCGGAGCUCAAGAACAAGCUGGGGAUCAAGUCGGUGCGACCCUCCAGCCUUGGCUCGCUCGAUGCCACGGGGAAGACGCUUCUCUUCCUGUCGGGCUUGUCUGGAAAACCCCAACAAUUCACCGAGUCCGCCUUUACCGGCAUCAAAGCCAUGAUCACUAGCGCCAAGGGCGUCCUCUGGGUCACCAGUGGCUCGGCCAUGGACUGCCCGAUCCCCGAGAACGCCAUGCACCUCGGCCUUCUGCGCACUGCUCGCGUGGAAGACAACAGCAAAAUCUUCGCGUCGCUCGACCUCGACCCGUCGCGCCCCCCCUGGACAGCGGCCAGCCGCGACGCCAUCGUCACCGUGUUCCGCGCUGCUCUCGACCGCAGCCGCGAGCCGGGAACCGUGGACUUUGAGUAUGCCGAGCGCGGCGCGCGUAUCUUCAUCCCUCGGCUGCAUCGCGACGUCGCGGAAAACGACGAGUUCGUGGGCGCUGGCGACAAUAAUAACAACACAGGCCAGCAGCAGCAGCAGCAGCAGCAGCAGCAGCCCAGCAUGCAGCCUUUCGUUCAGCCCGGCCGGCCACUGCGCAUGCAUGUCGACAUCCCUGGUCUGCUGGACAGCAUCGUGUUCCGCGACGACCCGGCUGUCAGCCCGCGGGUGCCAUUGCGGGACGACUGGGUCGAGAUCGAGCCGAAGGCGUUUGGCCUGAACUUCCGCGACGUCAUGAGCGCCAUGGGGCAGCUCAAUGAGAAGCAGGAGAUGGGCAGCGAGUGUGCGGGCAUCGUCACGGCGGUGGGGCCAGUGGCUGUUUCUCACUCUGAGUCUCAGGGGAGUGCAGCACCACUGCGGAUUGGCGAUCGUGUGUGCGCGCUGACCGUCCACGGCCACUUUGCGAACCGUGUGCGUGUUCCCCGGACGUCCGUGGCGCGCAUCCCGGAGCAUAUGUCGUUUGAGACGGCCGCGUCCUUCGUCAUUGUGUUUGUCACGGCGUGGUACUCCCUCUUCGAGUCGGCGCGCGCCGAGGAGGGCGACAGCGUCCUGAUCCACGCCGCAUCCGGUGGCGUGGGCCAGGCAUGCAUCAUCCUCGCCAAGAGCGCAGGGCUCGAGGUGUAUGCCACGGUCAGCACCCCCGAGAAGCGGCAAUUCUUGACCGAGACAUACGGGAUUCCGGCCAGCCACAUUUUCUCGAGCCGUGACGUAUCCUUUGCGGCGGGCGUCAUGGCAGCGACGGGCGGGCGCGGUGUCGAUGUUGUUGUCAACUCGCUUGCCGGCAAGCUGCUGCAUGAGAGUUGGAGUGCCGUUCUGGCGCCGCAUGGGCGCUUCGUCGAGAUCGGCAAGAAGGACAUCCACACCAACAAGUCGCUCGACAUGGAACCCUUCCGCAGGGGUCUGUCGUUCAUGCACGUUGAUGUCGUCCAGCUGGCCGACAACAGGGGCAAGACCAUACAGCGUAUCCUGCAGCAGCUCGUCAAGCAGCUCGGCGACGGCACCAUCGCAAAUGUCGCGCCUGUCACCACCUAUUCUCUCGCCGAUGUGUCGCGUGCAUUCCGUACGAUGCAGGCCGGCAAGCACAUGGGCAAGAUCGUCAUCGUCCCCGGGGCGAGCGAUAUGGUCCGGGCAGUGCCACCGCCCCGGGCAGCAAUUGACGUGGCGCCCAAUGCAACAUAUCUCAUCGUGGGCGGUCUCACGGGCAUUGGCCAGUCCAUCUCGCGGUGGCUUGUUGACCACGGCGCAAAGAAUCUCCUGCUUGUCUCGCGCAGCGCAGCAUCCCGACCCGAGAACCUCCAGUUUGGCCGUGAGCUGGAAGCCGCAGGCGCAAAGGUGUCGAUAAGGAAUUGCGAUGUGGGCAGCAUGGCCUCACUUCAGUCUGUCAUGAAGGAGCACGAUGCUUCCGGGAUGCCUCCGAUCCGUGGCGUCAUCCACAGCGGUAUGGUACUCGAUGACUCGGUCCUUGAGCGCAUGGCGUACCAACAAUGGCUCAACGCCACCAACACCAAGCUCGACGGCACCCGCAACCUGCACUCGGUGUUCGCCUCCCAAAGCCUGGACUUCUUUCUCGUGCUGUCCUCGGCCUCGGGUGUGCUCGGCAGCACCUCGCAGUCCAACUACGCCGCUGGCGGCACCUACCAGGACGCGCUAGUGCGCCACCGCGCCGCCCAGGGCCUCCCUGGCGUGGUGCUCGACCUCGGCAUCGUCAACUCGGUCGGCUUCGUGGCCGAGACGGACGGCGUCAAGGAUCGCCUCGCCCGCAGCGGCCACCGCCCGCUCGAGGAGGCCGAGGUGCUCGCCCUCGUCGAGCACGCCCUCCGCCGCCCCGUUCGGCCCGAUGUCCGCACCGCCCAGAUCGCCGCCGGCAUCACCGGCGCCGCGCUCUUUACGGGCGAACCCCGCUUCCUGGCCCUGCACGACCCCACGGGCAACAGCGAGGCCGCGGGCGGGUCGGGCAAGGGCGGAGCCAAGGAGGCGGCGGCGCAGCGACAGCUGCACGAGCAGAUGGCUUCGGCGCCGUCCGCUGGCGAGGCCACCGAGGUGGUGCAGCGCGCUGUCGUGUCCAAGCUGGCGAAUAUGUUUGUGCUGCCCGAGGCGGAUAUCGAUCCGGCACAGCCUCUGUCGUGCUAUGGUGUCGACUCGCUGGUGGCCGUCGAGUUGAGAAACUGGCUGGUGCCCCGAGCGAGGAUUGAGAUCAGCAUUUUUGAUUUGCUAGGAAGCUCAUCUAUUACCGAGGUGGCAGGAAAGGUUAUUGCGCGGAGCAGGAAGUUGGCACCGCUUACUGUAGCGGCGUGAGUAGUUCAAGUUUGUUGUGGCCGAGGCGGGAGGAAAAGGAUCCCUUUGCCACUUAGGUACUAACGUAUGGUGUUUUUCUGCUGAGAUGGUAGAAGUUCUCAUCCCAUUAUUGUCCUGUCCAUCAAGUUCCAGUCUAGCUAGAUGGGAUCUUCCCCUUGUGUUGACAUAAAGGAGCCUGUUCUUUCCCACAAACAAGGAAUCCAUCGGCGAUUGGUGUUUGUUGUGGUAUGUUUUUUCCUUCUAGGGACCCGCAAUCUGCUUUUGGCAACUGCACCCCUGCAAUAUACAUGAUUUGUGUAUGCAAUGUAUGGCCUAACCAUGGGAGUUGCUAAACAAUGAACUCCAGUCAUUGGAUUGGACGCUGUUUAGAGCUGGAGAAAAACUUAUUUAACUUAAUCAUUAAGUGGUCGAG